AUGGAUGAUUCCUUUAUAAUUGCAAAUUUUCACGCACUAUGUCGUCUUUGCCUAAACAAAAGUGGACUUACCGUAUCAAUUUACGGAACCUCUCCUGAUGAUGAUGCAAAUUUGUCUCUAACCUCGAAAAUCGCUGAAUGUUUUGAACUACAGAUGGAUCCAAAUGACGGGCUUCCUGCCAGGAUUUGCUACAAAUGCUUAUUUAAAGUAAAUAAAUGUUCAAAAUUCAGAUCGCAAUGCAUUCAAAGUGAAGCUAGAUUACGACAAAUAACUAAUCGUGCUCAUGAACUGGACAAUUCAAAUUCAUUAGAAGUAGGUAGUUUUAAUUAUAAUAAUACUCAGGAAACUCAGAAACCAAAGCCAGAAGAUUAUAUUGUUGAAGAUAGUGUGGUGAUGGUUGUAGACCCUAGUCUCGAUUAUGACUCCUCUGAAGAAUCUGAAAAUGUUGAUCAAGUUGACACACCUGAACAGGAUAAUGCCCCUGAAGGAGAAACAACUUCGGAGUCAUUUUAUAAGAAUGUUUUCAUGUGCCAAUAUUGUGACCAAGCAUUUGUGUCUCAAGAAAAAUGUAAAGAACAUGAACAAGGAUUCCAUGAUCCAAAUUUACCAUAUAAAUGUGUAGAGUGCAGCUUAGUUUUUGCAGAGAGAAGUCAAUAUGUUGCACAUACAAAACAAGUGCAUGGCAGUGAUAAACCCUACCACUGUCCAGAAUGUGAUAAAUGUUUUGGACGAAGAUCUGAUUUAAGGAAGCAUUCUAUUGUUCACACAGGUAUAAGACCAUUCCAAUGUCAAUACUGCCUAAAAAGUUUCUCCAGAAAUACAAAUUUAAGUAAGCAUUUACGAAUUCAUGCUGGCCACAAACCUCAUGUAUGCCCAUUGUGCCCUCGAAGUUUUGUAGCAAAAGGAGACCUACAGCGUCAUGUCCUAGUUCACUCUGGUAUGAAACCGUAUGCAUGUCGUAAGUGUCCUCUUACAUUUGGACGACGAGACAAGCUUCUCAAACAUGAAGUUAGACAUGGACCCGUAAGUCCAGAACAUAAAGAAUAUGAAAAUGACCAAAAUACACAUGACAUGGUGGUGAAUGUUAACCCAUUCAGUAAUUUAAUGACAUCACCAACUCAACUUAAUCCUGGUAAUACAACUCAACCUAGUGAUUAUGAAUUACCAAGAGUUCCAGAUCAUAUCGCUGGUGAAGGAAGCUUCUUGAGCCAAAUGCAAAAAACUCCAUCUACCUCAGGUAAACAAUUACAAACUUCUCCACCAAAAACAAAAAUGCCAGUAUCGAACAAAAAUAAGCCUAAAAAUAUUAAAUGUCAUCAAUGUCCAAAGAGAUUCUCUUCCUUGGAUGCAUACAAAACGCAUGUUUCUAUAGCUCACAUUGGUUCAAGAGUAUUCCAAUGUAAAAUUUGUUUUAAAAAAUUCCCACGAAAAAGAGAGUUGGAUCGUCAUGUUUCAAUUCAUUCUGGGAUGAAGCCGUUUAGCUGUAAUCAGUGUGAUAAGAAAUUUACAAGAAAAGAUAAACUUGACAAACAUGAACAAACUCAUGAGUGUUUGGUUGUGAAUAUGCCUUGUAUAGAGUGUGGAGCCACUUUUGUAAAGAAGCCAGACUUAGUGGCACAUAUCAAAUCUCAUUUCACUGAUAACUUUGAUGAAAAAAUUCCUGAAACUGAAAUCAAAAAGGAGAAUGAGCCAGAGUUUCCUAUAGAUGAAAACUUUUAUGACUUAGAGACC